AGAAGUGCCAGCAAACCCGAGGUGGUGCAUCAGAUCCGCGGCGCGAGUGGACAGAAGGUGGAGAUCCGGCCGCUCAGGCUAAAGGGGAGUAGCCCUCACUCGGGGCCCCGAGCCAACCAAAGCGUCCCCGCCGUGCGCAGGGCGGUCUGGGGACCUUCAGCCAUGGGGUCAGCAUCGUUGGAAAUCCUGGGUCUAGUGCUGUGUCUGCUGGGAUGGUUGGGCCUGAUCCUAGCUUGCGGGCUGCCCAUGUGGCAGGUGACUGCCUUCCUGGACCACAACAUCGUGACGGCACAGAUCACCUGGAAGGGGCUGUGGAUGACUUGCGUGGUACAGAGCACUGGGCACAUGCAGUGCAAGGUGUAUGAGUCUGUGCUGGCGCUGAGCUCUGAGGUGCAGGCGGCACGGGCGCUUACAGUGGGCGCCGCGCUGCUGGCACUGAUUGCACUCUUCGUGACCCUGGCUGGCGCGCAGUGCACCACCUGCGUGGCCGCGGGCCCGGCGAAGGCGCGUGUGGCCCUCACUGGCGGUGCGUUAUACGUGUUCUGUGGGUUGCUGGCACUCGUGCCUAUCUGCUGGUUCGCCAACAUUGUUGUCCGUGAGUUCUACGAUCCUUCGGUUCCCCUGUCGCAGAAGUAUGAGCUGGGCGCAGCGCUGUACAUCGGGUGGGUGGCCUCUGCGCUACUCAUGUGCGGGGGCGGCCUCGUGUGCUGCGGAGCUUGGGGAUGUGCCGGCCGUCCGGACUUCAGCUUUCCUGUCAAGUACUCAGCGCCGCGGCGGCCCACUGCCAGUGCUGACUACGACAAGAAGAACUAUGUCUGAUGGUGUGGGGUACAGCGGGGCCCCUUCCGGCAGCACAGCCAGCGAACUGGAGGAGCAAGCGACCCCGGGAGCUGCGCGUGACGGCGGCGGGGUCGCGCCCCAAAGACUCCACGGAAUGUCGGACUUGGUGCACCGAUCCCACAGGACGCAGCCUCAGUCGGUUCUGAUUGCCACCAUCCAGGCCCGCGCCCUGCCCUGAACAGAUGACAAGCACUUGUGAGGACUUAGAGGUUUCCUUUGUGGGCAGUACUGACCACGACUUAGGUGGAACUCUCGAACUCCAUACACUACAGAUGCCAAUUUCUUUCUCGACCCCGAAAGGGGGGGGGGAGGGGGUCUUGGAUGCUGCCUUUAUCAGAACUCCUACGGACUUGGAAGGGCAGAUGGAAGACCCCAGGGCCCCCAGGCCGGAAGGACUAGUAUAAAGGGCCUCUUCUUUUUCAGCGAGGGCCUAAGCCCAAGGGACCAAGUGACUUCACUUGGAACUAUGUGUAUCGCCUCAGCAGCCCCCCAGGUGAGGCUUGUGGACACCACAGCCUGAGUGGAGCUGGUUCACUGCCCUCCUCCAGGCCUGGGGAGAGGGUUGGGGAGGUUAAGAAUUUGCUUAGUAAAUAGCUUGAACACUC